AGUGCAGCCUUUCUGUCACGUCACAACGUCAAAAUCAAACCUGCUCCUGCAGAGGUACCCUAGCAUCAACCUUAAAAGCAACGGCGCGGGGGGUCUGCAGCAGCAGUAUUAAAGAGAUCGGCGCGCGCGCUGCAACCCCGAACCCCUCGUAGUUCUGUACGACUUGCCCCAGUUUCUGCAUUCACCUAGUGUCGAUUGCAAAGGCAGCGUCAACACCAUGGGCAUCUUUAAUGCCUCCAGCGAGGAGGCCGGCUCCGACAAGGUGGCUGGCCAUGUCGUCCAAGACGAUACCGAGGUGGGCGAGAUCAAGGAGGAGAACAAGUAUGCGUACGACGACUCGCGCAAGCUGGGCGUCAUGGGCGCCGUCUUCAUCAUCCUCAACAAGAUGAUCGGCACCGGUAUCUUCUCGACGCCCUCGAGCAUCUUUGCCGCGACAGGUUCUGUGGGUGUCAGUUUGAUGCUGUGGGUCAUCGGCGGCUUCCUCACCUUCUGCGGUCUCAGCGUAUGGCUCGAGUUCGGCCUCGCAAUCCCGCGGUCGGGCGGCGAGAAGAACUACCUAGAGCACAUCUACCGCCGUCCCCGGUACCUCGCCUCGUGCGUGCUCGCCUCCCAGAUGAUCCUGCUCGGCUUCUCGUCGGGCAACUCGCUCGCCUUCGGCCGCUACAUCCUCUACGCGGCCGGCAACGAGCUUAAGGACAGCUACAAGGCGCGCGGCAUCGGCGUGGUCUGCGCCACAUUCGCCGUCCUGCUGCACGCGGUGCUGCCCAAGUGGGGGAUCCGGCUGAUCAACGCGCUCGGCAUCUUCAAGGUGGUCAUCCUGCUCUUCAUCGUGUUCUCGGGCUUCGCCGCCCUGGCCGGCCGCCGACUGGUCCCGGACCCGCGCAACUUCGACAACGCCUUCGCGAUCGAGUCGGGCGAAGGCUAUGGCGGCGGCGGCGCAUACGCCUACUCCAACGCACUGCUCAACAUCGUCUACAGCUACAAGGGCUGGGAGAACGCCAACUACGUGCUGAGCGAGAUCAAGAACCCGCGCCGCACCCUCGCCAUCGCCAUGCCCCUGGCCGUCGGCACCGUGACCGUCCUGUAUGUCCUCGCAAACGUGGCCUACUUCGCCGCCAUCCCCAAGUCGGACCUGGCGACCUCCGAGGUCAUCGUGGCCGGCCUGUUCUUCAAGAACGUCUUCGGCGACAGCGCCGGCGCCCGCAGUCUGCCCGCGUUCGUGGCUCUCAGCAAUCUGGGCAACGUCCUGGCCGUGUCCUUCGCCCACGCCCGCCUGAACCAGGAGAUGGGCAAGGAGGGACUGCUGCCCCUGAGCCGCCUCUGGGCCUCCAACAAGCCGUUCAACUCGCCCGCUGCUGCUCUGUUCCUGCACUGGCUCGUAACCAUCAUCGUACUCCUCGCCCCUCCGCCAGGACCGGCCUACAACUUCAUCGUCAACCUGUACACCUACCCGGGCGCGUGGAUCAACAGCUUCGUCGCGGCGGGGCUCAUCUACCUGCAGUACUACCAGAAGAAAUCGGGGGAGGAACCGUGGAACCCGGGCUGGCGCACCUGGCUGCCCGUCACGGUCCUCUUCCUGCUGUGCAACGCCUUCCUGGCCGUGGUGCCCUUCAUCCCGCCCGCCGACGGCGACUUCUGGGCCGAGGGCUACCCCUACUACGUGUUUCCCGUCGUCGGCGUCGGCGUCCUGAUCCUGGGCGGGAUCUACUGGACGCUGUGGACCAAGUUCUGGCCCGCUGUGAGGGGCCACAAGAUCGUGGCCGAGCGGAUUCUGGGCGAGGACGGGGUCGAGGUGGUGAGGUAUCGCAAGGUUAAGACACAUGCUGCCUAAGGUCUAGGACUCUAGGGAGGGGAAUGGGUGUGGAGUGGGUGUUUGGAUGGUGCAAGUCAGCUUGGAUUAUUCCAUAGAGUGAA